AUUUAUCCAUGGAAACCAUGUCCUCCAUGAUGUCCUCCGAAUCCACCAUGGCCUCCCUAAAAAUAGCUCCAACCUUUGGACACGGCGGAGGUCGUGGACAUGGCGGAUUCGGAGGUCACGGAGGACACGGUGGUGGCUUCGGAGGUAGACCCGGAUAUGGCGGCGGCGGUGGCUUCGGAGGAGGCGGCGGCUUUUCUGGAAGCUCUGCCAAUGCUGCAGCUCAAUCACAAUCAUUUGGAGCAGGAGGCGGCCUUGGCGGUGGCUUGAGCGGAUCUGCUGCAUCAGCAAACGCUGGCUCCCAAUCUUUCGGAUUCGGACGAUGA